GCGCUCUCCAGUCUGAUGUCCUGUUGCUUCUGGAGCAUCUCGCAGCCUCUAGCUCUCUACCUUUCCACAGCGACGGAGAACAAAGACCGAGCAACCAUGAGCCACUCUUCAAUGCAUACCUCCACCUCCUACAGGCGCACCUUUGGAAGCCCACACCCCAUCUCCAUGACCUCCUACUCCCCUGCAUCCUCUCGCAUGCCCAUGUCUGCGGGGCGCUACAUGCGUUCAAUGUCACCUGUGGUGUCCCACUCCUCCACCUACCACCAAACGCGUUCCCGCCCCGGCCCCCAGCCUCCUCGCCUGUCCUAUGACAAAGUGGAUUUCACCCUGGCCGAAGCCGUCAACCAGGAGUUCCUAACUACUCGCAGCAACGAGAAGGCCGAGCUGCAGGAGCUCAAUGACCGCUUCGCCAGCUUCAUCGAGAAGGUCCGAUACCUGGAGCAGCAGAACGGUGCACUUCAGCAGGAACUCAACCAGUACAAGGGUCAGCUCCAGCACGGCCAGCCCAACCGGGCCUCUGACCUCUUCCAGGAGGAGCUGAGGGAGAUGAGGCGCCAACUAGACACCAUUGGCAAAGAGAGGGACCAGUACCAGCUGGAGCGGGACAACCUGGCUGAAGACCUGGGGCUUCUCAAGCAGAGGCUGGAUGAGGAAGCCCAGAAGAGGGCGGAUGCGGAGCUCAACCUUGCUGCCUUCCGAAAGGAUGUGGAUGAUGCCACACUGUCCCGUUUGGAGUUGGAGAGGAAGAUUGAAUCUCUAAUGGAUGAGAUUGAAUUCCUGAAGAAACUUCAUGAUGAAGAAAUCCAGGAUGUGCAAGUGAGUGUCCAGACCCAGCAGCUGAAGAUGGAGGUGGACAGCACCGUCAGGCCGGACCUCACUGGUGCUCUGAAGGACAUCAGGGCCCAGUAUGAGACCAUUGCUUUAAAGAAUAUGCAAGAAUCUGAAGAGUGGUACAAAUCAAAGUUUGCAGAUUUGACCGAGUCUGCAAAGCGCAACACUGAUGCUCUGAGGCAGGCCAAGCAGGAGGCCAAUGAGUCCAGGAGGCAGAUUCAGUCUCUCAACUGUGAAGUGGAUGCAAUGAAGAAUACGAAUGAAGCUCUGCUGAGGCAGAUGCGUGAAAUGGAGGAUCAGUUCGGCAAUGAAAUUGGCAACUACCAGGAUAAUGUGGGCAGGCUGGAGGAUGAGAUCCGUCACCUGAAGGAGGAGAUGGCUCGCCACCUUAGGGAGUAUCAAGACCUCCUCAAUGUGAAAAUGGCUCUGGACAUUGAAAUUGCCACUUACCGCAAGCUGCUGGAGGGAGAGGAGAGCAGGAUCUCCGUUCCCAUCUUCAAUAUGGGCAUGAGCAAUCACCUUGGUGACCGCGACUAUGAAAAAAUUCCUGACACUGUGAGCAAAAGGACUGUGGUGAUAAAGACGGUGGAGACUAGAGAUGGAGAGGUGGUGAAGGAAUCUAAGAGAGAGAAGGAGACUGACUCGGUUAAAACUGACACAGAGGAGUAGUUUAGAUCAUCUGAGAGCCUCAACUACGAUAGAAAAAAAAUGAGAAAGUGAAAAAAGAUAAUUGAAACAAUUCUUUGAUCUGUGUUGUCCUCAUGCCAAUUAGUUGUGUUUCAUUGUCUGGUAACAUGUCUCAGCAUAGGUGCAAUGUCAAAUGACUUCAUUUAGAUGGUGUCAAUUUGGUGCUACGAAACCACCCAAACUUUGCUAAACAGCUGUGUCAUCCGUAGGAUUGUGCAAAACCACUUUAUUAAUGUACCACUUGAGGCCUUGAUUUAGAGUGCAAUCCUGUGGAAUCCCUAGAUGGCCACACAUUUGUAGCAGAUAAACUACAGACUGCAACUGAUAGUUCAAAAG